GAUCAGCUCUUGAAUGCCCCGGACAGAUCUGUACUGCUAAGAGGACCGCCAGUUGUACAGUAUGGAGCCUGAAGAGAUCCUGAUCCUGGUUGUCAAGGUGUUCUACCCUGCAGUCGUCAUCUUUGGCUUACCCGCAAAUGCCCUGACGCUGUACAUCCUGAUCCGGCGGCGCCAGCGCCCCAGCGAGGCGAAGACCACCCCGGGCCUGUACCUGAUCGCCCUGGCUGUGGCCGACUCGCUCGUCAUCAUCUUCAUCGCCUUCAUAGAAACGGUGGUCCAUUUUGUGAUCCUGGACCAGCAGGUGUCUUUUGGCGGGUUCUGUUCGUGGCUGAUCACGUUCGACUACGGAGCUCACAACGCCUCAAUCUGGAUCAUCGUGGUCUACACUAUAGAGAGGUUUAUCGGAGUCUACUUCCCCAUCUGGAAGCACAAAGUGAGCAACCCAAGGACCGCCAAACUGACCAUAGCCGGGGUGUACGUGUGUUCGUACCUGCUCGCCCUUCCACACUUUUUCGCAGAGGCUCCCAGUACCGUACAGGACGGAAACAGGACAAUCUACCGCUGUUAUUAUGUCGAAAAUUUAUCCGCUGAGUACCGACUAGGGUUAAUCUGGGGACAGAGUAUUUUAUCCUACAUAAUACCUUAUAUUGUCAUCAUUGGUUUCAAUGGUAUGAUUAUUUACAAGUUGCGAACUAUGAGAAAAAUUGGCCCGGGGCUUGUUCGCCGAAUGUCGGAGGUAACUGCCACGGGUGCGUCCACCUCGGUACCACCUCGAGCCGAGACCUCUGAUUCCCCUCAGCAUCCUUUUCUACAGAAGAGGCUAGCUAAGGAGAUAGAAAAGAAGGGUACACAAAAUGGCGAUGAGUCGGGAAGCACGGACGAUGGCACCAACUCUCGCGACAAGUCUCGCGUUACCACACGCGUCGAGAUCCACCCUCGCCCUCGGUCAUCUUCAUCAGACAAUCCAGACAGCAGUUCUGAUGGAGAUCGCAAGGAGGCGCUUGCACCCGUGGAAACAUCUCCACCGACCGUCAGCAACUCCAUGGCAACAACAACAACAGAGUCGCGUCAAGUCUCGCCCAUGGUCUCGCGAGGAAAAGCGAGACCAGAUUCGCUCAGAGCGCGAGUACUGAAAACGAACUCUACACGUAAACGGCCCACUCGGUCCACCAAUAAGCCCGUAGUUGUCCUCAUCACCAUUAGUGCCACGUUUGUGCUCUUAUGGUUCCCUCGGUUGGUGAUCUUCCUGAUAGUACGGACAAACAAUGUCGGAAGGUAUGACAACUUUUCGUUCAGCGUUGCGCAAGACGUGGCCAGCAUGAUGGGCCUCCUGAACUCUGCUAUCAACGUGUUUCUGUACGCCUAUGCCGACACCCGUUUCCGCAACGACCUGGUAGCGAUACUGACGUGCGGUAAAAGAUGAACCACGACAGCUUCUCUGCUUCGCAAGCUCCCCCCGAAAAACUCUUUUCUGUCUACCUCAUGGACAGACAGACAAAGAAACACAACAGGAUAGUAGCCACCCG